AUGGCAGCGAUGAAUCUAGUACAAUCAAAACACCGCUCGAAAUACUAUUACGACAGGAAACAUGUGCAACACUUUAGAACAGAAGAAAUGGUCUAUGUUCUGUUCUUAAAGAACCCAAAAUCGCAUGAAUCCUUCAGCAUUGGCUACUAUGUUCAAUACACUCAUAAUGAAUUCAAGUGCAAGUUCAUCAGCUACAGAAGAGAAACAGAGCAAAACGAAGAUCCUGCAAAAUGGUUUGUUUCACAACUCUAUAUGCUAGCCGAAGAACUCACCAACAUGUACGAGAAUCCCUUACCAAUGAAGGAUGUGGAUCAGAGAUCUUUUGUUUCUGAUACGAUUUGCACAUCUGUGGAGGACCGUUCAACGCGACGGAUGUCAAAGUCUGAGAUCAUUGCCACCUUACGGGACAAUAUCGUGGAGCGGCUCACAACGGUUGUAACCUCAACUACAAUAACUCAAGAAAGUCGAUUCUCUAUCAUACUGCAAAAUAAAGAGAAGUACAUCUCGUUCACGAAGCACAUUGAUGGAAGCGACAUCAACUUCAAGUUCAUCGACUCUUUUCGAUUCAUGUCAUCUUCGCUUGAUAAACUAGCUUCUUACUUGGACAAGUUGGAAAUAGCCGACAAAGAGUUUAAGAAGGAGUUUACUGAUGUUCAAAUUGAGUUGCUCAGAAGAAAGGGUGUGUUCCCAUACGAUCACAUAAAAUCAUUUGAGAACCUGAACGAGACCUCGCUUCCAGAUAAAAAGAGUUUCUGUAGUAGCCUCUAUGAUAGUGGAAUAUCAGACGAGAACUACAACUAUGCUCAGACGGUCUGGAAAGCUUUCAAUAUCAAAACUCUUGGCCAGUACUCUGGACUUGACCACUAUCUAAAAACUGACGUACUGGCCAACGUGUUUGAAGACUUCAGAUCCAAGUGUCUUCAUACCUAUGAGCUAGAUCCUGCUCAUUACUAUACCACCCCUGGAUUUACAUGGGAUGCCAUGUUGAAGUAUACUGGCAUCAAGCUUCAGCUAAUGACCGAUAUUGAUAUGCUGCUCUUCGUCGACCGAGGCAUCCGAGGUGGUAUUAACCAAUGCUGUAAUAAGUAUGCCAAGGCUAAUAAUCGAUACAUGGAGUCUGAAUACGAUGAGGAUGAAUGGUCAAAGUACCUGAUGUACUAUGAUGUCAACAACCUAUACGGAUGGGUAAUGACUCAAUCCCUGCCUUGUGACGGCGUUAAAUGGGUGGGAGACCUGAAUAACGACUUCUUUAACGUCUGUGACGAUACUCUAGUAGGAUACAUCUUGGAAGUAGACCUCAAGAAUCCGAAAAGUGUUCCUGAUACUCACAAAGACCUUCCACUCUGUCCAGAGCAUGCAGCACCACCAGAAUCAAACCAAGAGAAGUUGGUAACCACUCUGAACAACAAGGAGCGCUAUGUCCUGCAUUACGUCGCUCUCAAACAAGCUCUUAAGUACGGUCUUCGAUUGAAGCAUAUCCAUCGUGCUCUCCAAUUUAACCAGAAGCCAUGGUUGAAGCCAAAAAUUGACUUAAACAGCGAGAUGAGAAAGAAUGUGAAGAAUAAGUUCAAGAAGAUGCUCUUCAAACUCUUUAACAACGCAGUGUAUGGUAAGAUCAUGGAGAAUGAUCGAAAGAGAGUCGACGGGAAGCUGGUAAACCAGUGGGAAGGUCGCUAUGGCUGCGAGGCAUACAUUGCUCAGCCCAACUUGCACAGCUGUGCGAUUUUCAACGAGAAUCUCGUGGCUGUACAACUUGCACGCACUGAGAUCUCUGUCCGCAAGCCCAUCUACAUUAGAUUGGCAGUGUUGGACUUGUCAAAGAGCCUUGUUUACUGCUUCCACUACGAAUACAUGCAGGAGCGAGUGGGAGACAACGCUAAGUUGCUUUACACGGGCACAGACAGUCUCAUCUAUGAGGUCAGCGAUGUAGGUAUGUAUGCUGUGAUGAAGACUGACCUUCAUGAGUCCGACACUUCUAAUUAUCCUGCUGAUAAUCAGUUUAACAUCCCUCUAGUCAACAAGAAGUAA